UGAUUACUUAAUCAUUUGUUGUUUGUAUUUCAAUUUGAGUAGUAGUGGGAACACAGGGUGUGAAUAUGGCCGAUAAAUUAAAGAAAAAGCCGUCCUUUUUUACUUUGAAACGUUGGAACAGUCAGAAAAAUAUUGUCGAUGGACCACCAAGAUCUCCAGUGUCGGCCUCACCUGUAGGUCCUACACCAAGAAGUCCAUCGUCUAUACAAGCCAAUGUCGUAACAAGAAUAGCUAACUCGACAGAAUCAAGACCUAGGCAGGGAUCCAUUACCGGCAUCAAAGAUUUGAUACAAUGUCCUCUUUGCCUAGAGGCUCUACACAACCCAAAAAUGUUACCUUGCCAACACACAUUCUGCUUGGCGUGCCUAAGUGUUUAUAACAAUGGUCCGAUCAUUGAAUGUCCAAUAUGCCGAACAAAAGUCCAAGUUACCGGGCCCAAUUUUCUCAACAGCCUACCUUCGAAUCUGUACAUAGAUUCUCUGCUACAAAUAGUUGGUGUAACCAGCAAAAGCGUUGAUACUAAGGCUGAAACUCCCCCGUCGCCGACUACUAAUGGUUUUAGUGUGGACUUGUUCGCUGCUGGUGUCCGCUGUUCGAACUGUCAAACUAUAUGCGAUAACUCCGACACUACUAAUUGCCAACACUGUAAAUUGAUUUUCUGCCGAGUUUGCUGGUCUCAGCAUUUGGACGACAUGAGGACCCAGGUAACAUCAAUAUUGAAACAGCUAGAGUCUGCUGCUAGAAGACUGGAACACAAAAUAGAACAUUUUAAGGAUCGUUGCGAACGCAUCUCUGAGCAAAUCAACAUUGCAGCCGAUGAGAAAAUCAACGCUAUAAUGGAGUCCAGAGCGCGACUAUUACAAGAGACGGAAGAUCUUCAAAAAUCCGGAGACCUCUGCGCUUUGGCUCUCAAAACAUCAUUAAACGAAGCCACAAAUGUUGCGUUGCAGGCAAUGACGCAGAAACAAGUUACUGACGACAAAACUACGGUGAUGACAUUUGUUAAUUUGCAUCAAAACGCCUUACAAAUUCUGCUCGACGUGUCUAAGUGGGACACCGAACAUUUUGUAUUCGACAAGGAGAACUUUCGUAUAGAGAAAGAUACAGCUACUCCUUUAGAUGCAGAAUCUGAAGACCCUGUGCCUGAUGGUUUUAAACAGAAUGACCCGUUGGAAAGCGAGACAAGUUUAAUACAACACUACAGAUCACGCAACUUCAUCCCCCACUUCACUUGGAAGAAGACAUCGCGGCCUUGUGGCGUAGGCAUCGCACCGUGGUCCGGUCACCUUUACAUUUGUGGCAUGGACUCCCAUUGCGUGAUGGUGGUGGAACGCUCCCAAGCCAAGAUUGUGACACGCUUGGUUCAUGACGAUAUGCUGUGCCCUGUGCAGAUCGCCUUUAUGAAGAGCUUAGGAGAGAUUUAUGUUACGGACAAAUGGAAGCACUGUGUCCACGUAUUCUCCAAGGAGGGCGAGUACCUCCGCUGCCUGGGACAGAAAGGUAGCCGUGAAGGAAUGUUCCGCUCUCCCGAGGGAAUCGCCACGGACAACGCUCAGAACCUUAUUUACGUUGUCGACACCGGGAAUGACAGGAUACAGGUCCUCCAACCUGAUGGUAAAUUCGUGGACUUCUUCGGCGUUGUAACGAAACAGCAGAUCAACCCUACCAAAGUAUGGGAGAUGACGAUGGUCACCUGCACAGAGUUCAACGCCCCCACCAGCGUCGCAGUCACUCCCGACCGAGUAGUCGUCUUAGACAGCGGCAACCGAAGGGUUAAAGUAUACAAUAAAUUCGACAAGGGAAAGAUAUUAGAAUUCGGAUCUAUGGGACAGAGAAAAGGACAGUUCAGACAAGCUGAAGUAUUAGCUGUGGAUCCAAUGGGGUUCAUUCUUGUGGGCGAUUCGGGCAAUUGCAGAGUACAGGUGUUCAAGCCGAACGGACAACUCGUGAGGGUCUUCGGACGUAUGGGGUCGGAACCUGGCAAGUUUGGAUGGAUAUCGGGAAUUCAUGUCACUAAGCAGUUGGAUAUCAUCAUUAGUGACACGCAAACUCAUUGCGUUAAUUUCUUUUAACUGAAGUUUUUGGUACUUAAUGUAUAUAAAUAAUCGUGCAAUGUUCGAACAUUAGGCCAUAUCUGCCUAUAACUUUUUUUAGAUACUACAUAACGCCUCUUUCCCGGUGUGGUAGGCAGAGACAUAUUUCUACUUACCACGAUCCGUGAAUAGCCCUUGCGCAAAUAUUAAUCUUUUGCAUUACAUAAUAUGAUAGGCAUUUAGUGUCUAGAUGCAAAUUACGUUAAGACGCAUUUUCAUAAAAUUAAAAAAUACCAUGUUUGUUUAACAAUAUAUUUAUUAUAAUCAGUGGAAACAAUUUCAGAAAAUAAUACAACUUAAAUUUACCUAUAGCACGAUUGUUAAAAUAAAAUAAUCUGAAUUCGAGUAAAUCAUAUCACAAUAUUUUAACCUGGUCACUGAGAUUCCAUAUUUCAGUAUAUUAUUUUUUAGGCCUUUAUUAGAGGCUUUUGAUAUUGAAUUAAUUUUCUAAUAAAAUAAAUUAUAAAUUAUGCAUAUUACAUUAUCAA